AUGAACGACGAUGACGCGAUUCACAACAUCCACAAGAAGAUAGAGCGGGAAAAGGCCCUCAUCAACGCUGCCAAUUCUAUGAGGGCACAGACAAACAAUGAAGCCGUUAGAUCCCGUCUCGACUCCCAGAUGCGCGAUGGCCGCCGCAACCUCCAGUUUUUCGAGGAGAAGCUUAGGGAUAUUCAGCUGCGCCGUGUGAACCAAGGUGUUGGAGACAUGUCUCUCGGAGGACCUGCUGACGAUGCCGGUGGCCCUCCCGCACCACCUCCUAAGGAUGCCUCCAGCAAUCCCGCGGGAGAUAGAGGUUCCUACGGCUCCGGUUCGGGACAGUACAGCCAGGCCGGCGGUGGUUCCGACUUAAUGCCCCCUCGUCAUCCUUAUGCACCGGGACCUGGUGGAUCGGGUAUCCCUAAGGCACGCCCCAACUUUACCAAGUUAGACUUAAUCAAAUAUGAUACGCCGCACCUGGGCCCUCGUAUCCAACUCAUGUUGUCCCAGAUCCAGUUCAAGCUCAAUGUCGAGGAGCAGUACCUGAAGGGUAUUGAGAAGAUGGUUCAACUUUAUAGCAUGGAAGGUGAUCGGAAGAGCAAAGCCGACGCAGCCGCUAGGAAGGUUGAAAGCAAGCAGAAGAUUCUACUGUUGAAGCAGGCACUCAAGAGAUAUGAAGAACUGCAUAUCGACGCGGACGUCGCGGAUGCACAAGAUGAUGAUUCAAUCAACGCCCCCAACCUCAGGAAGCCCCUCAGUGGACAACUCUCGAUUCGAAUGAUAGCAAUCAAGGAUGUUGACCAUGCUGCGACUGGACGGUUCACGAGAGGUCCCGAGACCUUUAUUGCCGUGAAGGUUGAGGAUACCGUCAUGGCUCGUACGAAAGCGUCCAGGAACGAUCGAUGGGAGGCUGAGUUCCAUACUAUCGAAGUCGACAAGGCCAACGAAAUCGAGUUGACCGUCUACGACAAACCUGGCGAACACCCCAUGCCCAUAGGCAUGCUCUGGGUUCGCAUUUCCGACAUUGUUGAGGAAAUUCGUCGCAAGAGGAUUGAGGCCGAAAUGAACAGCUCUGGCUGGGUGUCUGCCGACAGAAUGGGCAGCACCAGUGCUGCCCCUACACAGUUCCCGAUGAGUCCCUCUUCAGGCUCUUUUGGACCAGGUGCUCAAUCUACUGGUGGUGACCAAGGGGAUGAUACUGGCCCAUUCGGAGCUGCUGGUCCCCAGCCUCAGGUGCAAACUGGACCUAUCGAGGAAUGGUUCAAUCUCGAGCCAACUGGACAGAUCCAACUUCAGUUGACGUUUAACAAGUCCAACAACAACAGCCGCCCUGCCGACCUUGGUCUUGGUCGAAAGGGUGCCGUUCGUCAACGAAAGGAAGAAGUCCACGAGAUGUACGGCCACAAGUUCGUGCAGCAUCAGUUUUACAACAUCAUGCGCUGUGCGCUUUGCGGAGAUUUCCUCAAGUACUCAGCAGGCAUGCAGUGUGAGGAUUGCAAGUAUACCUGUCAUACGAAGUGUUAUUCUAGCGUCGUUACAAAGUGCAUCAGUAAGAGUAACGCUGAGACUGAUCCCGACGAGGAAAAGAUCAACCACCGCAUUCCGCACAGAUUCAACCCUUAUUCCAACAUGACAGCAAACUGGUGUUGUCACUGUGGUUACAUCUUGCCUUUUGGAAAGAAGAACUGCAGAAAGUGCUCAGAAUGUGGUCUUACUGCCCAUGCCCAGUGUGUUCAUCUUGUCCCCGAUUUCUGCGGCAUGUCAAUGGCCGUCGCCAAUCAGAUUCUGGACGGCAUAAGGACUCAGAAGCAAAGACAAGCCAAGGUUUCUUCACUUUCAGAAAAGACACUUCGACAUGGCAAGACUAGCCCGACAAGCACCAGCUCGCCGGCUCCCUCAUACUCCAGCACGACUGCUCCUUCUUACCAGUCAGGACCAGUCUCCCCGGAGGCUACAGAGGCCGCCAAGAUGAUGUACUCGAACCCUUCCACGCCGAGACCUGCCGGCCCUGAUCGAACUUCAUCCAGCUCCCAAGCUGCGGCUGCAGCAUCUGCGGCUAUGUCUGGAGGACCUGGUGCGGCCCAACGGCAGAACUCAGACUUUGGGCGCUAUAGCGGCGGUUACGAUCAACCGCAAGAAGACCCCUAUGCUCAAGGAGGUCAAUACGGCGCGGGCCAGCAGCGUAAGUACAACCCGGCCGAUUAUGCGAACGUGAACCCUGGCUACGGAGGACAACAGCCUGCUGCUCAGGCUCAGCGACCUGUACAGCAGCAGCCAGCCCAACAACCUCCUCCCCAGUCACCGCUACCUCCAGUACCGCAACACCAACAACAGCAGCCACAGGCUGCCUACCAACAGCCUGCAGUGCCGGCACAUAGCCCUCAGCAACCAGAACCCAUGUCUCCUAAGCAGCAGUCAGCGGCUGGUGGUAAGUCCGCUCCCUUGGCUACUGACCCUGGAACUGGCCAGCGUAUCGGACUUGAUCAUUUCAACUUCCUGGCUGUGUUGGGCAAGGGUAACUUCGGUAAAGUUAUGUUGGCCGAAACCAAGCGUUCUCGAAAGCUCUAUGCCAUCAAGGUUCUCAAGAAGGAGUUUAUCAUCGAGAAUGAUGAAGUUGAGAGUAUCCGUUCUGAGAAGCGUGUAUUCUUGGUUGCCAACCGGGGCAGACACCCAUUCUUGACCAACUUGCAUGCAUGCUUCCAAACAGAGACCCGUGUGUACUUCGUCAUGGAGUACGUUAGUGGUGGUGAUCUGAUGUUGCACAUUCAGCGAGGUCAGUUCGGUACUAAGCGUGCGCAAUUUUAUGCCGCCGAGGUCUGCCUGGCGCUCAAGUACUUCCACGAGAACGGUGUUAUUUACCGUGAUUUGAAGCUUGACAACAUUCUUCUCUCACUUGAUGGUCAUGUCAAGAUUGGUGAUUACGGUUUGUGUAAGGAGGAUAUGUGGUAUGGCUCGACAACAGGCACCUUUUGUGGUACCCCCGAAUUCAUGGCCCCGGAGAUUCUCUUGGACAAGAAGUACGGCCGUGCUGUCGAUUGGUGGGCAUUUGGUGUGUUGAUUUACCAAAUGCUUCUGCAGCAGUCUCCUUUCCGUGGAGAGGAUGAGGACGAGAUUUAUGACGCUAUCCUCGCCGAUGAGCCCCUGUACCCCAUUCACAUGCCUCGAGACUCGGUCUCAAUUCUCCAGAAAUUGCUCACUCGUGAGCCUGACCAGCGACUCGGAAGCGGUCCGACUGAUGCCCAGGAGGUGAUGAGCCAGCCAUUCUUCCGAAACAUCAACUGGGAUGAGAUGUACCACAAGAGGGUGCCGCCGCCUUUCAUGCCGCAGAUCAAGAGUGCGACAGAUACCAGCAACUUCGACUCCGAGUUCACAAGCGUUACUCCCGUUUUGACUCCAGUUCAAUCCGUUUUGUCACAAGCCAUGCAAGAGGAGUUCCGAGGCUUCUCAUACACAGCUGAUUUUGAUUAA